AUGGAGUUGCUGAAAGUAACUGGGUUAAUGAAAAUUGUAACUGAUGUUGGUAUUUUCUAUGAAAAGUUGGUCAAUGAAUUCAUUGUGAAAAUUAUUAUUGAGUGUAAUAUUAAAGGCAUCAAGGAGUAUAGAAAGAUUCCCUCUAUUGACAUGAUUAUGACCAAGGAAAAGGAAUUUGAGGAAGAAGAGAAAACUACAAGUGAGGAUGAAGAAGAAUAUUAUGUUGAAUCACUGAAGUAUAAUGAAAUUAUGGAGCUUAUUAGUGAUGCUCAAUUAUUGAAGACAAUGCUUAAUGUUGGAUCUAGUUAUCCUAAGUUGAUAAAGGAAUUUAUGGUUAAGAAUGAUGGUAUUCCUCAUGGGUUGUUGAAUUUCAAUUAUAAGUUGUUUGUUAGAAAAGAUGUCCUAGACAUUUGUCCUCCGGAUGUUCUUAUUAUUGAUGAAUAUGGUUUUGGAAAUAUUCUAAGUUUGCAAUCAAAAGCAAUUUACUACUGCAUCAUUGGUUUGAGGUUGUCGAAUGAAGAGAUAAUGAAUUUAAUAUUAAUUGAGAUUGAACGAAAUCUUCAAAGGAAGAGCCGAAGUCUAAAGGAAUUUGCUGGAAUGCCUUAUCCAAGUGGAUAUGUGGUUGAGCAGUUGGGAAAUAAGCUCAUAUACGAAGAGCGGAGUUACAAUCCAGCCGAACAAUUGCAAGAAUACAAUAAUUUGUUCUUAAAUCUUACAGAUGAGCAAAGAGGUGUAUUCAAGCGAAUAAUGGAAGCAGUAAACAAUCAACAAGGAGGCGUAUUUUUUUUGUAUGGAUACGGUGGCACAGGGAAAACCUACAUGUGGAGAACUCUAGCUUCCUACAUAAGAUCAAAGAAACAAAUUUGUUUAACUGUUGCUUCAUCGGGCAUAGCUUCACUACUACUUCCAGGAGGUCGAACGGCUCAUUCAAUGUUCAAGAUUCCAAUACCUACAAUGGAGUCUUCUACAUGUAAUAUCGACAAAGGUAGUGAUCGUGCAGAGCUACUAAAAAUGGCAAAGUUGAUAAAUUGGGAUGAAGCUCCAAUGGCACACAGAUUUUGUUUUGAAGUGUUUGAUAAAACCCUUAAAGACAUAAUGGGGCGUUCCAAUUGUUCUGACAAAUUAUUCGGAGGGAAAGUAAUUGUAUUUGGUGGAGAUUUUAGGCAAAUAUUACCAGUUGUACCAAGGGGCAGCCAUUCAGAUAUAAUACAUUCUACAAUAAAUUCAUCAUACAUAUGGGAUCAUUGUGUUGUGCUGAAGCUUACAAAGAACAUGCGACUCCAACAAGUCGGCAAUACUUCAAGUACAUCUGAAUUAGAAUUGUUUUCUAAUUGGAUAUUAAAAGUUGGCGAUGGGAAAUUGGAAGAACCUAACGAUGGUUACACGGAUAUUCCUAUUCCAAAUGAUUUCUUAAUUUCUAACUAUGAUGAUCCACUAGAAGCCAUUGUUAGUGAAACAUAUCCGAAUUUUCUUAACAAUUACAAGAAUCCAGAAUUUUUGCAAUCAAGAGCUAUAUUGGCAGGAACAAUUGAAACGGUUGACAUCAUAAAUCAAUACGUUUUGGGAUUCAUACCAGGUGAAGAAAAAGAAUAUUUAAGUUCAGAUUUUGUAGACACUUUUGACGGUGAAGGAAUUGAAGCUUUUGAUGUUUUGACCCCGAAAUUUUUGAAUACACUUACAACUUCCGGUCUACCUAACCACAAGAUUAAAUUGAAGAUUGGGACCCCUAUUAUGUUGCUUCGAAACAUUGAUCAACCUGAAGGUCUCUGCAAUGGAACAAGGCUCAUAGUUACAAGAUUGGCAAACCACGUUAUCGAGGCAAAGAUUAUAUCUGGAAAGAAUAUUGGAGGGGUUAUCUAUAUUCCAAGAAUGGAUAUGACUCCAACACAAUCUCCGUGGCCAUUCAAAAUGACUAGAAGGCAAUUUCCCAUAACUAUAUGUUAUGCUAUGACAAUUAACAAAUCUCAAGGUCAGUCAUUGGAUUAUGUUGGAUUGUAUUUCCCUAGAAGUGUAUUUAGUCAUGGUCAACUAUAUGUUGCAAUAUCAAGGGUCAAAAGCAAAAAAGGGCUUAAGAUAUUAAUCCAUGACAAGGAUAACCAUCCAUUGAGUUCUACAACAAACGUCGUGUUCAAAGAAGUUUUUGAAAACUUAUAG